CGUAGGCGCGCUGUCGGGCUCUGAGCUGUCUGGGGGAAGCAUGUGGGGCUGCGGCGCGCUGCUGGGGGCGCGAGCCCGGUCGCGGCUGCGGUGCGAGCUGUUCCUCGCUUGGGACCGCGGCUGGUCUGCCGCCGCCCCCUACUCCGCAUCUGCCGAGCCCUCCCGGGUCCGGGCGCUGGUCUAUGGGCACCACGGGGACCCAGCCAAGGUCGUCGAACUGAAGAACCUGGAGCUAGCUGCUGUGGGCGGAUCAGACGUCCAUGUGAAGAUGCUGGCGGCCCCUAUCAAUCCAUCUGACAUAAAUAUGAUCCAAGGAAAUUAUGGCCUCCUUCCCAAGCUGCCUGCUGUUGGAGGGAACGAAGGCGUUGGACAGGUGGUGGCAGUGGGCGGCAGUGUGACUGGGGUGAAGCCAGGAGACUGGGUGAUUCCAGCCAGUGCCGGUUUGGGAACCUGGCAGACCGAGGCUGUGUUCAGUGAGGAAGCACUGAUCAGCAUUCCGAGUGACCUCCCUCUUCAGAGUGCUGCCACCCUGAGUGUCAAUCCCUGCACGGCCUACAGGAUGUUGAUGGACUUUGAGCAGCUGCAGCCAGGAGACUGUGUCAUCCAGAAUGCGUCCAACAGUGGAGUGGGGCAAGCAGUCAUCCAGAUCGCCGCGGCCCUGGGCCUGAGGACCGUCAAUGUGGUCCGAGACAGACCUGACCUCCAGAAGCUGACUGACAGACUGAAGAGUCUAGGGGCUGAGCAUGUUCUCACAGAAGAGGAGCUAAGAAAGCAUGAGAUGAAAAACUUCUUUAAGGACAUGCCCCCGCCGCGGCUCGCUCUCAACUGUGUUGGCGGGAAAAGCUCCACAGAGCUGCUGCGACACUUAGCGCCUGGGGGAACCAUGGUGACCUACGGGGGAAUGGCCAAGCAGCCCGUCAUAGCCUCUGUGAGCCAGCUCAUUUUUAAGGAUCUCAAACUUCGAGGCUUUUGGUUGUCCCAGUGGAAGAAGGACCACAGUCCAGCCCAGUUCAAGGAGCUGAUCGUCACGCUGUGUGGUCUCAUCAGCCGGGGCCAGCUCACAGCCCCCGCCUGCUCCGAGGUCCCACUGCAGGACUACCAGCGUGCCUUGGAAGCCUCAGUGCAGCCCUUCGUGUCUUCAAAGCAGAUUCUCACCAUGUGCUAAUCGCGGAGGAGCUGGAGCAAGGUGGGAGGGGAGAUGGAUCGGCAGGACUGGUUUCUGGCGCCUCUGUCAGGGCCCUCUCAGCCUUCCCCAGGCUGCCCUCUCCUCACUGUCACUUCCGACUGGGAGGGUCGUGAAGCCAGCUAAGGCUUUCCCCAGGGCCAGCCCCAGGGUAUCUAAUAAAGUGAACUUCCUAAAAACACAUACAUACAAACCC